UUGUAGCUGUGAUGUGGUGUGUUUGUGACUCAUUGUUAGAGUGUGAAAAUAGUCGAGUCAGAUAAUUCGCUGCGUGUUGUUAAACUUCUUCGAGACAUUCGAUUUGUUGGAAGUUCAUAGAAAGGAUUUUGGAGGAUUCUUAAUUACGGAUCUCGACACGUGUGACCUCGUCUCAGGUGACAUCGAGCACUGUUUGGGUUCUGAGGGUGAAGAUGAAGGUGGAAUUUGGGGGAUGGAAGCUCCGGACAGCAGAGAUGCUCAGGAUAAAAUAAGCGUCACGGCCAGCGAGAGUCCGGAGAUCAGCAGUUCUCCGAGAGAAAGCUGGAGAGACAUUGAAACCACGGCCAAAGAUCCAGAACACACAGAACACAGCAUGUUCAGUGAGACUGACUCUCGUGUGAUGGAGAACGACUCUAUGGUCCCUUUGAGAAAAGCAUCACAUCUGUUCAGUCCGGCACACAACGGAUCUGCGCAUUCAUUUCAUUCAGAUGCUCUUAAUGGUAACCUGUCACCUGUCUGCUGGUCUCCUGGUGAACAGCAGUCACCUGAUGGCAAAGACGGUGAAGCCCCACAGGUGCACAGUCCAUCCUGUCAGCGGUCAUACAGACGUGAUGCAUCUCUGAGAGAUCAUAUGAAGUUCUGUCAGGAGAGAGAAGGAGGAGAAAGCGUUUGUCCCGUCUGUGGUUACAGCACGCCGUACCGGACACAGAUGGACCGACACCUCACACUUCACAACCAAGAGAAGAAUUCAUUGUCUGAUUCAUCUGUGGAAAACAGAAAGUUUAAGUGUAAUCAGUGUGGAAAAGCUUUUAAAUACAAACAUCAUCUCAAAGAACAUCUCCGCAUUCACAGUGGUGAGAAGCCGUAUGAAUGUUCAAACUGUAAGAAACGCUUCAGUCAUUCAGGCUCUUACAGUUCACAUCUCAGUAGUAAGAAGUGUCUCAGCGGCGGAGGUGCGUCAGGGAACGGAGCUCAUUUUAAUGGCCACUCCCACUCUGCCUAUCUCUUCCCGCCCCCAUCGUCCCCUCCGGUGAUCGGAGGUAGAAACGGCAGCAGGGGUAAAGGCUCGCCGUACGGCCCGCUGGCUCACUACCCCAUAGACCGGCUUCACGCGCCGGGUCAAGAUUCAGCGAUGCCAGUUUUACAGGCGGUAGAGUUGAGCAGGUCGUGGGACCCUACGGCAGAUUUGGCCAUGAGGACGGGCGUCUUCAAAGGCACCACUUUACUGCCGUUAAUGCAGUCACGCAGCAAAUUUGAGCAGCUGUUGCAGGAAAUGCUUCGUAGAGAGGUGGGAGGAGAGGAACAAAAGACGGGCGAGGGUAUAUCGUGCCGUUGGUGUUCACAGUUGUUUCCCAGCGAGGCGACGCUGAUGCAUCACGAACAGUAUCAGUGUCGCAACAGAGACACCAACGACAGUCCACAGUCGCACAGAUUCAAAGCCGAAUCGCCCCUUAACUUCUCUCGACCGUCAAAUCUGCCUUGCGAUGCCCAGACGUCGCCCACCAACGUUGUGCCAUACAGAGACCUGACUUCACCCCAGCGGGCGUCCUGGCAUUCUGUCCCACAACAGAUUCUUGUGCCUUUACCAACACCGAUACAACUAACUCAAGAUUCCCCACAUAAACACUGGCCAAAUGAUGACAGCCCGAGGAUGCCCAAACCCGUCGACACCCGGACAUCACCGACGGUGCCUGAACGCCAACGUACCGUCGCCUCGAAGUUCGGCUCUCCGCCCCGUCUGGAUCUGUCUGUCAAUUCCACAUCACCCUAUCGAUCGAGUCAUCUGGUCUUAAGUUCAGGGCUCGUUCAGAGUGAACCCUUAGAUCUCUCCGUACCCAAACCCAAUUCUACAUCUGGUGUGACAAAAGAAUCCAGAGAUCAAACGUGUAACGGCUUCUCGCCGCACAGGGAAAGACGAGACAAUGAAAAUAUGUUUAAGCAACAGGUGGGCGGAGCUUAUGCAGCAUCACCGCUGUUCGGGAACACGGUUUUUAGCAACUACCCCCUCUUUAACCACAUCAUUCCAGGGAUGGGACACAAUGGUCUUACAUCACUUCCUCUCACACCACCAGCAACGAGUCCAGGGUUUCUCUCACCUGUGGCCUAUAUGAUGGAGGCGGAGCCUGAAUCCUGGCUCAAGAGAAUUCAACAUGAAAGACAUUCAAUGAUGAAUGAAGCGAUGAAUCGUGGAGGUCUGGAGUAUCUGUCUCUCAUAGACGAUGGGCUGGAUGGAGAGAUCGGCCCGGGUAGAAAGAGACUGAAAAAGACAGAGGAAGGAUUGUACGCCUGUGACAUCUGUGACAAAACUUUCCAGAAGAGCAGUUCACUGCUACGACACAAAUACGAGCACACAGGAAAAAGGCCACACGAGUGUCCGAUCUGUAAGAAGGCCUUCAAACACAAGCAUCAUUUGAUCGAGCACAGCCGUCUGCACUCGGGAGAGAAACCCUAUCAGUGCGAUAAAUGUGGCAAACGUUUCUCUCACUCGGGCUCGUAUUCACAGCACAUGAAUCACCGAUACGCCUUCUGCAGCAGAGACGGAGAUCCGGACGCAGCCGGAGAGGACGCAACACUGAGUCCUGUCACGGAGCGCAGCGCCGGCACCGACGCGCUCGCCUCGGCUCUAGAGGACAGCGGCACUUAUCUCAGUGACUCCAGUAUGGAGGAAGAUGAUGAAGAAGAAAAUCCUCUUAAUAAUCACAUUCAUGAUAAAAGCAUGAAGACGGGUAACAGAGAAACUGCUGGAAACUCCUCACGGCAGGAGAACCAGCCGGAGAACCCAGUCAAAACAGAACCGAAUGAGGACAUGCAGAACGGCACGAGAACUGAGACGGAAUGAGACAGGCGCUCAGGGUUCAAGACAUUCCCAAAAUUCCUAUAAAAUUUGCUCAGUGGAGAAACAUUUUAAUGAUUGGAUGAGGAUGUUUACUGAAGAUAUCUGCUCAAAUGUCCACUGGAGAGCUUUACAACACCAAUCACAAUAGUUUUAGAUCAGUAUUUUUUAGUCCAUUGGAACAUUUACAAUGCAUCGUGGGAUUGAGCAUAAAAAACUUGAGAGAAAUCUUCAUCAGUGUUUACUAAAGAUAACGCACAUUCACCGACUGUUGUAUGACUCUUUACUGACGCGCUUAAAUCAACCUCAUGUGCCUCGGGUCAGAAUGAGCAAAUAUAAAUGUGACUGUGAACAAAGACAUCAGACUUUAUAAUUCAUCUCUAUGAGCCACUAUAACGGUUUACAAAGUCAAUAAAUAAAUAAUGAAUAAUAAUAAAUAAAGUUAUAAAAACAUGCGGUGAAUCUAAUGAAACACACACAUCUGAUGUGUCAUAUUCAAGCACAAUAUCAAAUGAAGGAAAGAGAAAAAUAUUUUUUGCUUAAAGAAAAUGUUUGAUCUUUUAAGAUGUUUUGCAUCAAAUAUUAUUUUUAUAUCAAUUGUUUGUCAUUUAAAUUAAAAUGAACUUUAUAAGAAUCACCAUUAAGACUGCAGAACGGUGUAAUGAUCCUUGAUUUUCUUUAGGUAAAAAGAAAACUUUUCUUUCUUUAGUAUUAAAAGCAGAUUUUAAAAGCAUUCUUGGUCGUGGAGGUUUAGUUAAUGAAUGGCUUCAUAAUCCUUCAUACAGUCGCUCUAAUGCUUUCUGUCUCAUAAUUAUCUCAAUGUGAACUAUAACUCAACAUAAAGAUUAAACACACUUUGACAUCUAUAAACUGGAAAAAAUGAAAGAUAAUGACAGACAUUGAAACCUCAAAACCCAGUUUUACUUUCUUUUUAGCUUUAAGUUGUUUAUGCACUCAGGGUAGAACGGUGGAUCAAAUAUUUGCACAUUUUUAUACACCAAAUGUGUUUUAAACACCCUUCAUUCAUUCGUCAUUAUUUUGCAGAUGUUUUAUGAACCGAUCUAACUAAAAUCAAAAUGAUACCCGGUGCUCAAACUCAAACAUUACCACUCAGCUUUUCUUUGUUUACUUGUAAAUUCUGACACAAAAAACUUUUAUCCACGAGUAAUGUGCUGUAUUUUUACCAGUGUUAUUUUUAUAUAAAUUUCUACAAUUUGUUAAUACAGAACUUUUGUAAUAAAGUUGGACUUAUUUUGGA